CGUGUGGAAGCAAGUAAUAUAUUUUGAGUUGCGUCCGAGUCUUGCAAAUAAUAAUAAUAAUAAUAAAUCAAAAUUAGGAAGAACGAGAGAUCAGUCUGUGUCGAUUUUAAACAACGCCGAUAUAGGCAAGGCUGCAGUCCCAGCUUGAAGCCCGUGUAUGGAAGUGGAGAGGGCCCGAGAGAUGGGUCCAGAAAGAGUCUUACCGAGCUCGGAGGAGGAUCUGGUGCAAGACCGACCUUCAGACACGGCGGCUGCCGAGGAGUGGAGUGGCGAGGACAUGGAGGAGGAGGACGGAGGCGCUGGGGACGACGAGGAGGAAAAUGUGGGAUAUUAUUACCAGCCACUGAACCAAGAUCCUGAUGGACUAAGCAACGCGCACAUAGACCAGGCUGAUGAGGGAACCCAUGCCGAACAGCUUCAAGAUGUCCAGGAGAGGAUAGAGGCCAUGGGCCUGUUCCUGCCUCAGCCACCGCCUCCAGACAGUGAUGAGGAAGAGGAUUCUGAGGGAGCUGCGGCACGGCGCAGUCAUGCAUCUAUUCCCAUGGAUCCAGACCACGUUGAGCUUGUAAAGAGGACAAUGGCAGCAGUGAACUUGCCAACACUUGGUAUCCCUGCCUGGGCACGGGACAUCUCUGAUGACCAGUGGAAGGACAUGGUCCAGAAGACGCUCCAAUCCCGGCAGAGCUCUGCAGGCCUCAUACUGGAACGCAAAUGAAACCAGCCAAGGCUUUUGUCCUCUAUCCUGCAGCACACAUUGGCUUACUUAAGAAAAUUUUAAGUAUGCAAGAUGAAGUGACCUAAAGAACUUUUUUUCCAAAAUGUAUAUGUAUAUUGAGAUUGAUUUUUUGUUUGGAAGCAGUGUGCUGGUUCUAGGAUGGAGUAGAAGGUUAAUACACUUUGCUGUCCAGAUGUCACAUAGCUUAAGAGUAACCUAACUUUUCCUGCAUGAAUUUAUUUCUUGAAUGACUGCACCAAAUGAAGUUGCUAGGGUUUGCAGACACUACCCACUUGUGAAAACUCCAUAUUUCAAUACACUUUUACAUACCAUACCAGUUAUUCAUCUCAGUAAGGUAUUAUUUUUUUUUCUGUUAGGCUUUAAAAUAGUUUUUUCAACAAAUUAAAUAUAGUUGAAAAUUGUCAUACAAUUUAAAUGUCUUUCACCAAGGACAAAUAACGUCCCUUUCAUGUGACUAAGUAAUUACUGCAACUUAUAAGUGAUCCGUAUGCAGUGCAUGUAGACCUUCGUGUAGUACCCCAUACACUCACAAGCUCAGUCUUUUAUCUUUGACUUUAUUUUUGUUCUGUACAUACAUGAACAUCUGUACAAAAUAUGACUUUCAUACUAUGUAAUGUAACUACCUAAUUAAAGUACAACAUAUGUA